AAAGAAGCAGCUCUGCAGACACACUCACUGCUGGAGGAUUCUCACCAACCAACAGAUGAUGUCCUGCACAGAGUAAUAGACACUCACAAAACCUGCAUGAAGAGCAAGUAUGAGAGCUUAUUUGAGGGAAUCAAACUUCAAAAUAAUCAAACCCUGCUGAACAGGAUCUACACACAUCUCUACAUCAUAGAGGGAGAGAGUAAAGGGGUGAAAAAAGAACAUGAGGUUGUACAGAUGGAGAAAACACCAAUAAUACAUCAUUCACAACACACGCCAAUCUACUGCAAUGACAUCUUUAAAGCCUUAUCUGAACCUGGAUGUGAGGAGAAAUACCAAAUCAAGGCUGUUCUUACUAAAGGCAUCGCUGGAAUUGGAAAAACUGUUUCUGUGCAGAAAUUCAUUCUGGAUUGGGCCGAGGGAAAAGCCAAUCAGGAUGUAGAUUUCAUGUUUGUGCUUCCAUUUCGAGAGCUAAACUUAAUUAAAGAUCAUCAGUACAGUCUUCACAGACUUCUGCUGGACUUUUAUCCUGAACUUCAAGAUCUGGACUCUAAGAUUUAUGAAGAGUGUAAAGUUGUCUUCAUCUUUGAUGGUCUGGACGAAAGCAGAAUUACACUGUUUUCACACAGACAGAAAGUUUCUGAUGUUACUGAGAUUUCAUCAGUCAAUGUGUUGAUUACAAACCUCAUAAAAGGAUAUCUUUUUCCUUCCUCUCACAUCUGGAUCACCUCAAGACCAGCAGCAGCCAAACAGAUCCCCUCCCAAUACAUCAACCGUCUGACAGAAAUCCAGGGAUUCAAUGAGUCUCAGAAGGAGGAAUAUUUCAAAAAGAGAAUCAGUGAUGAACAUCAAGCCAGCAGAAUCAUCUCACAUAUUAAAAGAGCAAGAAGCCUCCAGAUCAUGUGUCACAUCCCUGUCUUCUGCUGGAUCUCAGGCACUGUGCUUCAAAACCACCUGAAACACAAUGACGGUGCAGAAAUCCCCAAAACUCUGACUGUAAUGUACAUACAUUUCUUGCUCAUUCAGACAAAUAUAAAGAAUCAGAAGUAUGAGGAGAAGGAUCCAGAGAAGCUCCUAAAGUCAAAUAGAGAAAUGAUUGUGAAACUUGCUGAACUGGCAUUCAAACAGCUGAUGAAGGCCAAUGUGAUGUUCUAUGAGGAGGACCUGAUUGAGAGUGGCAUAGAUGUCACUGAUGCCUCAGUAUAUUCUGGUAUUUGCACUGAGAUCUUCAAGGAGGAUUCUGUGAUUCAUCAGAGAAAAGUCUAUAGCUUCGUACAUCUGAGCUUUCAGGAGUUUCUUGCUGCUUUCUAUGUGUUUCAUGCAUAUAUCGCUAAGAACAUGCAAGCACUGAAACCUCUGUUUUUAAUGGUUGAGUGGUUCAGGUUUAGGAAUAUCUCGCUUUGUGAGCUACUAGAAUCAGUAGUUGACAAAACCCUGUUGAGUAAAACUGGACACCUGGAUCUCUUUCUGCGGUUCCUACUGGGCGUCUCACUGGAGUCCAAUCAGAGACUCCUACAGAGUCUUCUGACACAUACAGAGAACAGUUCAGAGAGCAUCAGGAACACCACUCAGUACAUUAAAUACACAAUCAGAGCUGAUGAUGAUUUCUCAGCUGACAGAUCCAUUAAUCUGCUCCUCUGUCUGCUGGAAGUGAAUGAUCUGACUCUUUACAAAGAGAUUCAGGACUUUGUGAAAUCAGACAAACACUCAGAGGAUAAACUCUCUCCUGCUCACUGCUCAGCAAUAGCCUACAUGCUCCAGAUGUCAGAGGAGGUGCUGGAUGAGCUUGACCUCAAGAAAUACAACACAACAGAUGAUGGUAGGAGGAGACUGUUACCAGCUGUGAACAACUGUAGAAAAGCUUUACUUGCAGGCUGCAAUCUCACUGAUGAAUGCUGUAAAAGUGUGGCAUCAGUUCUACAAUCAUCAAACUCCCCUCUGAGAGAGCUGGAAUUAAGUAAUAAUAACCUACAGAGUCCAGAAAUAAGGUUAUUGUCUACUGGACUGGAGAAUCUACACUAUGGAGAGCAGAGAUUGGCUGUCUUAGAUCAAUCCUUUCGAAGUUUGAAUUCAUCUUCUCAGAAUUUUGGAGUGGAGAUGAUUUUUGUUGGACUGAAUAGUUCACAAUGUCAACUGGAGAAACUGAGAUUGGGCAACUGCAGUCUCACUGAUCAAUCCUGCAAAUGCUUGGUCUCAGCUCUAAAAUCAUCAAACUCUUCACUUAGAGAGCUGGACCUGAGUAAGAAUGACCUGAAGGAUUCAGGAGUGAAACUGCUUUGUGCUGGACUGAAGAGUCUAAAUUGUGUACUGGAGAUACUGAGAUUAUCUGGCUGUAUGGUGACAGAGGAAGGCUGUUGUUAUCUGGCUUCAGCUCUAAGGUCAAACCCCUCACACCUGAGAGAGCUGGAUCUGAGCUACAAUCACCCAGGAGACUCAGGAGUGAAGAUGCUCUCUGAUCUACUGGAAGAUCCACACUGUAAACUGGAGAAACUAAAUGUGGAUCAUGUUGGAGAGGUCAUGAUUACAGCAGGACUACGCAAAUAUGCCUGUGAUCUCACACUGGAUCCAAACACAGUGAACAUUCAUCUUCGUCUGUCUGAGGAGAACAGAAAGGUGACACGUUUGGAGGAGCAGCAGUCAUAUCCUGAUCAUCCAGACAGAUUUGAUUUCUUUCCUCAGGUUGUGUGUAGAGAGAGUCUGUCGGGACGCUGCUACUGGGAGGUUGAAUGGAGCGGGUGGAGGGGGGCUGUUAUAUCAGUGGCACAUAAAGAAAUGAGCAGGAAAGGAGGACGUGAAGAUUGUAGGUUUGGGUUCAAUGAAAAGUCCUGGAGCCUUGAUUGCUCUGAUGACAUUUUCACUGUCUGGCACAAUAAACUUAGCACUGACGUACCCGUCCCAUACUCCAAGAGAGUAGGAGUCUAUCUGGACUGGCAGGACGGCACUCUGUCAUUCUAUAGUGUCUCCAAAACACACACACUCGCACACUUACACACAUUUUACUCCACAUUCACUGAACCUCUCUGUGCUGGAUUCAGGGUUUUUAUUGACACUUCCGUGUCUCUUCGUCAAAAUUGGAAAGAUUCGAUACAAUAG